CUACAUGUAUAUCCUACGACCAAUACUAAUGCGCAGAGUAAACAAUCGGCAGUCUUACCAUCCAGUUCAAGUAAUGACAUUUCACAAUUCUACCAGAGUCCCAAGGAGGUAACGCAUCCGAGAUUUCUACCUGUAUACCCUACGACCAAUACUAAUGCGCAGAGCAAACAAUCGGCAGUCUUACCAUCCAGUUCAAGUAAUGACAUUUCACAAUUCUACCAACGUCCCAAGGAGGUAACGCAUCCGAGAUUUAUACUUCCUCCGAGACGCAGCUUCAUGUACCACAGCUGUUCGGAAGGUGUUGACGUUUGAGAGGCAACACGUGUGGGAGGCCACCGAUACUGUAAUAUAUGAGGACGCAACACGUGUGGGAGGCCACCGAUACUGUGAUAUAUGAGGAGGCAACACGUGUUAGAGGCCACCGAUACUGUAAUAUAGGAGGAGGCAACACGUGUGGGAGGCUACCGAUACUGUAAUAUAUGAGGAGGCAACACGUGUGGGAGGCCACCGAUACUGUAAUAUAUGAGGAAGAUCUGCUGAGGGAUUCAUGAGAUAAAACCAUGCCUCCCGUGUACGUAUUACUGUAUCUGACAAUAGUGUGGAUGUUAGCCCUCCAGUCUUUUACGACCAUCGCUACAUGUCCGUAUAGCAGUGUGUCUGGAGCCGCAGACCUAUCGGGUGUUUUGAGCCCGAGUCUCGUGAUUCUACAAAAAAAUGACUUGGUAGAUUGUCCGAAAAACGCUACUACACUAAUCUUGUCCGGAAACAGUCUACAAACACUAGAUGGUGAUGUUUUUGAUGACUUUUGGAACCUUUUUUCCAUAUCUCUGUCUCAUAACCAGAUUAAUUCAUUGCCGUCCGGGCUGCUGAAGAACAUGCGCAGCCUGAAGAACUUCGAUGCCAGCAACAACAUGCUUGUGGCCCUGGCAGACGACCUGUUCAUGGGCCAAGGAGUGCAUCUCAGCAAUCUAGAAACUAUAAACUUUUCACACAACAACAUCAGUGACAUUGGGUUUAAUGUGUUUCACAAAGACAUGGCACUAAUCAAGUCCGUUGAAUUGUCCUACAACAGUCUAGUUUCUUUCGAGCCGUGGCCCUACAUCCCACAGACAGAUCAAAAUGACAAGCUGGACGUCCAUUGGAACUUUCAACACAAUUUCAUUGCUUCAUUCACCAACAAAAUGAACUGGUCGUAUGAUCUAACUGAAGAAUAUGAAUUCGAUAUACAGCUCCAGUACAAUCAGCUAACAAGCCUAAAUACGGACACGAUAACAGUAUACCAUCCUGGAUUUAAUGGCGACUACCUCACCGAGUUUUUAACCUUCAACAUCAACGUGACGGAAAACCCCUUCCACUGCGACUGUCAGCCCUACGUUUAUGUCAGCGCGCUACACGAGUCGCUUCUGUUCUACUUCAAAAUCGAAGAGUCUCGCAUGAGGUGUACAUGGCCACCCCAUCUGCGUGGCAUCGACUUCUUUCAUGACAUUGAACUUGACGAAUUCGUCUGUAACCGGACAACUAGCUGUCCGUCUGGUUGUUUUUGUCAGGAACGUCCAAAUUCCUAUGACCUCUUUGUGGACUGCCGAGAUGCGGGUCUGAUAUCACUUCCGCUAGCGCUCCCUCACGCUACGUACGGAAACAUAUCGCUUCAUCUGGAUAACAACAACAUUGAGUAUCUCACCCAGACCAACUAUUCUCAUCAAAUCAGUAACUUGACAAUUAGCAAUAACCAACUAGCUUCAAUCGAUUCCAGUGUCAUUAAGAGUAUGAAUAAUUUGAAAUAUCUUAACGUAGAAAAUAAUCGGAUAAACUACAUCCCCAAAGAACUGCAGCUCCUUGCAUUUUCUAACGUCAGUAUUUCCGGAAACCCUCUGUUGUGUGACUGCAACAUGACAUGGAUGGCAGAGUGGAUAAAUCUGUCCCCACAGGCCAAGGAUUCACAGAUCACCUGUGACGAUGACGGGGAGAGUCUCCCUAUUUCUACAGUCACUGAGGAUACACUCCUCUGUAGCUACGACAAGAUUAUUAUAAUACUAAGUGUGACUCUAGGUGUAGUAAUCGGCUUGGUGGGCGCGGUCAGUAUCACUGCAAAACGAUGUCCAUACGAGACCAAAGUACUCUUGUAUAAAUUCUUCAAUAUCCAUCCGCGCGACAAGUACAAAGUAGAUCAAGAGCCGGACAAGGAAUACGACGCUUACAUCUCCUAUUAUCAAGGUGAACAGGGCGAGAGCAUCCAAGUAAGGCAGUGGAUGAAGAGAGUCUUUCUCAAGAAGCUCGAGGAAAGGUCAAAGAGGAGAUAUACAGUCUUCUGUUUCCAACGGGACAAUGCAGCUGGUAACUUCCGGUCUGACGAGAUAUCGGACAACAUGGGUAAGAGUCGAAGGAUUCUGCUCAUCCUCUCCCCCGAGUUUCUCAAAGACGAUUGGUGUAUAUUUGAGGCAGAUCAGGCGGAGUAUGAACACAAUUCGAGCGAGAGUGUGCAUGGAAGAGUUAUAUAUAUCAUAUGGAACAAACAAAUGUUCGCGCAACUCCAGGAGGAACCUUGGAAGUCUCGACUGAAAGAUAAACGGGUCAUGUGCCCGGAUGAUAAAUUAUUCUGGUCUAAAAUGAGAUAUGAACUUCCGGUUAAAACCAUGAGGCGAACAAACAGGAACGAAACUAUGCCAUUCAGCAACGGGGUCACUAGGGAAGUGGAUAACGAAUAUGUGAACAAUAGACUUCAAUCUAUUACACAGUGUCAGAAUAAUGAGGGGAUUCAAAUGGAAGACUUGGAGUCACUAGAUCACGUGUCUUUAAACAUUGAUGUGAUUUGACACGGAUACUCUAUACAGAGUUUAUUUCCCGACAGUUAUUUUUAGGAUUUCCGAUAGACUAUUCAUCGCAAGUGUCGUUGUAUAUCGAGACAUGAGUAGCAGUUUACGACUGAAAUGUUUUUGGUGUUUGAUGCACAUACGUUUAUAUUGAAUUCAUUUGCACCUUUACAAUAUGCUGACAGAAGCUUAGUGUUUACACUUUUAUAAUAUUAUGAAUUAUGUAUACAGUAUUAUGACUACUAUAAAUGUACAAUGUUUCCUGUAUACUGUAUUGUGUACGAAGUAUAUAUACGUUAAAUGACGUUAAAAUGUUCGGAACCCAUUCUUGUUUCAAUUCGUCGAUUUUGUCGGUGGAUAACGACCGAUGAGUUCCACCCAAUAAGGACUUCUGGCUACUAGGGUAAUACAUUGUACACCAUAUUGCAUCACCACAGUGUGAAAGACAGUACCUUAAUUGUAUUAAAUGGCCUGAAAACUAGCUACUAUAUCAAUAUAGUAAGAUUCGUCGUUUAUGUGAUAAAUUGCAUUAUUUAUAAAAAAAAAAUAAAAAAAAUGUAUACUGUAUUAUGUAAACAGCUUUAUGUGUAAAGUAUUACGUGGACAUAAUUAUGCAUACAGUAGUACCAUGCAGUAUUAUGUAUUCAGGGAGAGUUUCGGAUUUGUGUUAGAUUUUCUGUUUUAGAAUUUAAUGUGAUAUAGAUGUGGAUGUCAAGCUCUACCUGGUGUAUUGAUCUCCAAACAACACCUUCCACAGUACAGCUAGGGUGAUUUGUAUAGGAUUGAGAUGAAGUUUGUAUGGUCAUCCAAAAUCUCGUUAAAAUACAUACAAAAUCAAUAUCCCAGAAUGGCUGGUUAUUUGUGAUGAAUUUAAAGCUGUCAGUGCUUCGUUAAAUAUUACAAACAGGGAGAACAACAUUAAACAAUUGUGCUGGAAUAUUGCAGUGUGACCAACUUUCUGGCUGUUAAGCGCCUCGGACGUGUAUAACUGUACGUGACUGUGAAUGCGGCCGACAGGGGACCGGAACAUUCGCUUAUCAAACAAAACAAAGAGAUACCAAAUGUAAGACCGUCACUGUCGGUUGUGUCUGUGAAUAUAUCUGACGAUGUACCUAUACGUCAUACUCCGAUAGUUCUUAACUAAAACUGUCACUGUUAAAAGACGUACGUUAUUUACAUAAUACAUCGUGUACUUUGUACGUAUCGAUUUUGUACAUAUCGAAUUUAAGAUCAGUCAUCGUAAUCUUCGUUAUCACUAGGCAAUAGACUCAAGUCUUUGUGUCAUAAAUACACUGCAUAUACAAAGAUGGACGUUGUGUUACAACACAUUUACAUAAAUACAAAAUUAGAUGCACAUUUCACGGCAUCAGGGAGGACGUUCCUCCCAACUGCAUAGAUUGUUGUUUUCUAUCUCACUGAAUUUAUAAAAUAAAAAUCUCAAUAAUGGAAGUGUAUAGUUUUGUUAGUAGACGAAAUCAUUGUAAUUCUACAGUACAAAGUUUGGUCUAUUUUGGUGAUUGUAAUAUAUAUGUCGUAUGUUUGAGGACGUGUGUGGGAUGUGUUUCGGGCUGAUUGUCGGAGGAUGUGCAAAGUCUUAAAAGUUAUUAAGUUAAUUUGCCUACUAUAUAUAUGAUUGUUACAAAUGCCUUGAUUUUUGAGAGAGAAAAAAAAUGUUUUGUUAACUUUCUCUCAUAAUAAAUUACC